CAUCACAUGCUCGGCUAUUUAGACAUACAAUACGUUUUUUUUUAUUUGCGAAACAAAAAAUUAUUAUUAAUCCGAUAAACUCUAUCGAAAUCGAUUAUAGUCUUUGAAAAGGAAUUAAAUUGAAAAAAAAAUUAAAUAACGGAUCAAAGCGAAGAAUAUAUCAAAAAGCGCAUAGACAUACAAUAAAGGUGACAAAGUCUCUACGAUUUAAGAAGUCUUUUAAGAUAUCGGUAUUAAGAUCUCUCAACCGUUUCUAUCUAACCUAACCAACGAAACGGUAUCGUCAGUCGAAAGUUGUGUGUCAGUUUUAAUUUUUUUUUUUUGAGCGGCUUGACAUUUUCAAAAAAAAAAAAAGGUUCUCGUCUUACCCUACUAGUACAAGUAUUACGACGAGUAGACUUGACUCUCCUCUCGCACAUUUCUUUUCGUCUCUCACUGCAAGAGCAUAACCAACCAUCACCACUGCCAGCGCCACCGUCCUCGUCUUUGUCGCCGUUGUCGACGUUAUAUUGGCAUAUAUUUCCUUUUCCGCAACAAUAUCGUUAGUUUUUUUCUGCUGUUUGAAAGCCUUUUCCGAGUGAUUAUAAGUAGUCCCGUAUUAGGUCUUGACGUCGUCGUCGUUUCAUUAAGUGCUCCGAUAUAAUUCUACUUUCGCGUUUUCUAUUUUUCUGUGUGUUUUUUUUUUUUUUCAAAAAGUGUAUUUGAUCCGUUCAAAAACUCUUUUUUGUGUACCUUACCGCCUUGUCUGUUAUUUUGUAGUAUUUUACAAAUUUUUCAAGACAUUUUACUGUUAAAUUUGAUUUGCCCCCCCUCGCACAUGGUUAAAAAAAAAAUCCCCAACCUUACUUAACUCACCUUGACUGCCUUGCCCAUUGUGCGCAUUUAGGAACAUUUUAUAUAAAAAAAAUUUAAACAAAAAUAAAAAUAAAAAAUAAAAUAGAAAAAAUAAACUACACUUUUACCUAUUUUUGUCGCGUGGUUGUUAUUAUUUCGUCGCUGUCGUCGCUUCUUCGUUAAGCCUAAACCAACUAGCAACCACCCUAUCGCCCCAUUUCAUCAUUAUCAUCAUCGUUUUUCAUAUACCCGGUAAAGAGUGUCUGCAGUUUUUAUUUCUGCGUAAAUUGAUAUAAACAAUUGGACUCUGUCUAUAAUUAUCUUAUAAGGUGGAAAGUUAAAUUUAAAUAAAUUCAAUAAAAACAAAAAAAAAAACUGUUGUGUUCCGUCGAAGACGAAAACAAAAAAUACAGACAAAUAAUACCUACCUACUCGUACAUUUGAAUUACAUCAUUAUCGCACACUAUUUAUUCUCACUCUGGCAAAGGCAAUUAGCAAAGUGCUAUUAUUUCACUUCUGAGAGUGAGAAAAAAGAAAUAUAAAAUAAAAGCUUUUUUUUUUUGGCCACGAUCGCAUACCGAAUUAUUGUUUAAACAGUAAUUGCAGCAAAAUGAUGAAUAAUAAACCGAAGGGAAAGCAACAACAGCAGGUUCCGUCGUCGUCGUCAAAACCGGCGGCAGCAGCGUCGCAACCCAAGAAGGGUGGCAAAGCUCGACAACCUACCCAAAAUUCGUCAGCAUCCGCUGACAACAACAAAACAUCCCCUAACCCAUAUCACAAUAAACCCAAGAAUAAUAAUGCUGUUCCAGAAGAGAAUCGAAACACUACUUCCGGUCUGAAAAAUGACCCCAAUUUGUCCAAUCUAAGUGCAUCAUUGAAACGUAUGAACUACUCCAAUAAAAAGACUUCUAAGGGACCCACUUCACAUCAGAAUAAUCAUUCUUCUUCGAACAAGCGAAAUCAUCAUUAUUCUUCCCCAUCAUCGGGAGGUACUUCUCGCAUAAAGUCACGUGAUGAAGAUCACAAGAAUGAUCCGAUGGGUCAUAAGAAGAAUCAAUUUGGCAAAAUGAGACUUACAGAGUUUCUUAAUAUUGAUCAGAGUAAUAUAGCAAGUACAUCGGCAGGAAUUUCGAGUGUUAUUAAUAUUCCUAUUACCGCUACCGCUACCGCAACCGGUACCUCGACAUCUUCUUCAACCAUGACCCAAUGUGCUAAAUGUUCAACCCAAGCUGGUUAUACAAAUUAUAGUAUGAUUGAUCCUAUGAUUUUCACAGGCAAACAAUUCCAAAAGAAAAAUAACAAAUAUGGAAAAGGUUCGAAUUCGAACAACAACAACAACAGCUAUAACCAACGUAACGAACCACGAAAUGUCGUCAUGAAUAGUACUUUUGUGCCAAUUGAACAACCUAAAGUACCGAUUUUAUCUUCGUCCAAUAUUGCAGCUGUGAUUGCUGAUACGGAUCGUUUUACUAUUUUUGAGAAAACGGGUAAAUUAAGGACUUCGUAUCCCAUUAUGCAGUGCGGGACAUUAGGAGCACCCGAUUCGUAUCACCAUCAAAGAUCAACCAGAAUGGACGCUUUCCAAAUUGACGAUGGUUUCCAUUCGGAUGGUGGAACAGAAACUCCACCACCAAGUCCCAGUUCGGGCAGCUCAAUUGCAUCGACUUCAGAUCAUGGCUCAUUGGAGAGUGUUGAUACUGGAGGAGCACAACGCUUGGCUGUAUUAUCAUUUGAACAGGUUCGCAAAUUGCAUGACGUCAUGGACGAAACAGUUGCCAUACAUGGCCGUGGUAAUUUUCCCACACUUGAAGUUAAACUCAAAGACUUAGUCAACUCCGUGCGCCGAAAGCUCGAAACAGAUGUUGCCGCCGGUGGAGCUGGUGUCAUAGUCAAAGACAUACGCUUAAAUGGUGGAGCAGCUAGUCAUGUCUUAGCAUCUGAGGAUCAGCCAUACAAUGAUUUGGAUCUUAUUUAUGCCAUUGAAUUCAGUUCAAAUCGUCAUUUCGAUCGAGUCAAGACAGCAGUUCUCAAUACACUGCUCGAUCUCUUGCCAGAAGGUGUAUCCAAACGUCGCAUUAUGCCAUGUGCCUUGAAAGAGGCUUAUGUUGGCAAAAUGGUCAAGGUCAAUAAUAAUAACGAUGGCGACCGAUGGAGUUUGAUUUCAUUGGGCAAUUCACCAGGACACAAAAAUGUCGAACUCAAAUUUGUCGACACAAUGCGUCGUCAAUUCGAAUUUAGUGUUGAUUCCUUCCAAAUUGUACUAGACUCUCUUCUAUUAUUCUAUGACUGUGCUGCUUUGCCAAUAUCCGAGAAUUUCUAUCCAACUGUUGUUGGUGAAUCUGUAUACGGUGAUUUCCAAGAGGCUUUGUAUCAUUUGCAAAAAAAAUUGAUCUCAACACGACAACCGGAGGAGAUUCGCGGUGGUGGUCUUUUAAAAUAUUGCAAUUUGUUGGUUCGAAAUUACAAACCAGUCGAUACACAACGAAUCAAGACACUCGAACGAUAUAUGUGUUCGAGAUUUUUCAUUGAUUUCCCCGAUAUAAAUACACAGACGGUUAAAUUAGAAGCAUAUCUGAGGAAUCAUUUCUGGGGUGUGGUUGAGGAGCCCCUUCAAUAUCAGUACCUGAUGCAUUUACGUGAAGUAGUUGAGACAUCAACCGUGUGCCUAAUGGGCCACGAGAGACGACAGACUCUACUGCUAAUACAGUCGUUAGCAAUGCAAGUGCUCUGUCGGGAGUCACAAAAACAUCAUAAUGCACAAGUACAAGAGCAAUAUCAACAACACCACCAUCAACAACAACAACACCAACAAGCGCAACAACAACAGCAGCAACAGUUAACACAAGCAAUUGUUGUUGACAUGCAAGCCCAACAAAAUGCAUCCACAAGCCAACAUGUCUUGGUUCAACAGUCGCCACAGUCAAAUCAACCGUCCACUUCUUGCUGCAUUAGCCAACCUCAAGAUGGCCAACAGCAACAAGUGUUGACCGUAACACAACAACAGACUUCAGCGACCAUACCCCAAACGAUACAAAUUCAAGCCGGUCCACCUGGUCUCAUCUAUGCCAAUGGAGUUUAUUACGCACCUGUGAUCCCAGCAACAAUCUGCACAUGCAAUUCAACCUGGUUAAGCACGUGAUUAUCACUGCUACCAUCAGUAGCAGCAACAUCAUUACCGUCAUCAUCAACAACAACAACAACUUCGUUAACAACUUCAUCAACAACGCCAUCUACAUCAACAUCAUCAAUAUCAUCCCCAUCAUCAACAACAACAACAACAACGCCAUCUUCAUUUAUUUCAUGUCAAUCAUCUUUUCCGUCAAUUUCAGAAAAUAUUUCAGUGAAUGCUUGCUCUUAUGCAACACUUCCCUGUCUGAGCUGUGACUGCAACGAGGAGUUACUUCUUCCUUACUACAUUUGGCCAAAUACUACAACUACCCAACAAACAUCGUUUAACAUCCCUGCAGAUUACCAACACAAAGGUACUACUUAUUACACCUCUUCAUCAUCAACUCCUACAACGACCACACUUGAAAGCCUUUGUGCAUUUUCUGAGGCUCAAUCUUCUCUUCAAGCUUCAUCCAGGUGAUCAUCGAAAUCGACUAAAACAACAACAACAAAAACAGCAGAAUAAAAAAUACAACAACUUAAAAAUAAUAUGCACCCACAUAUUAUAAAUAAAUAAACAAAAAAAAUAUUUAGCACGUUAACCAUGAUGUUAAACAACAACAAAAAAAAAUAAAAAAAACUUUUAUAACCUAAACAACAACAGAAAAAAAAUUAUUAUUUUAAUGUGAGAUCCUAUUAAAUUUAUACAUAAUAUUAAACUAACUGAAAAAAACAAAAAAUAAAUUACAAAAAAAAAAAAAAUUAAAAAAAUAUAUAAAAAUUAAAUUACUCACAUCAAAAUAUAAAAAAAAAUUAUUGAAACAGAAAAAAAAAAAUUGGAUAUUAACUUGAAGUUUAACAGAGAUCAUAGAAAAUCUUCCUAUUUGUAUUUAAAAAUUAAUAAAAAAAAAAAUAUAUGUUAUAUAAUAUUAUCUUAUACAGACUGUCAUUUGUCUUGCGAUUCUUUUAAUUAUUUUUUUUUUUUCUUAAAUUAAAUCUCUAUGCAGAUAAAAUUAAUUAAUAAUAAAUUUAGUUAAAUCUUAAGGUGAAUGACUUAAUCAAAAUGAAAGAAAACAAAAACAAAAAAAAAACACAUAGUUUGUUCUGCUUUUUUUUCGAUUUUUUUCUCUUAAUUUUUUUUUUUAUUAAUUAAUUAAGUUCAUAUAAGAUAAUCAGUAAAAAUAAUAAAUAAAUCAAAGAAUACCUGUUUUCGUAACAGGAAUUACUUCAUAUUUAAUAAAACAAAACAAAAAAAAAACAACAAGAAUAAAUCUCUUAAAUUCUUAAACAAAAAAAAAAUUAAAAA